AUGACCACAGAACCUACCAAGCAAAAAACCAAGUCAAACGAACAAACACCAGCUGCUCCAGAACAAGAAUUAUCAAAAGAACAAACCAUAUUACAAAAACAACAAUUAAAUGAAGGAUCAGAUGAAGAAUACGUAUCAGAAAAUGAAGAAGUUAUAGAUUCAAAUGAUAUCACACAGGAUAAUAAUCGUAUUGAUCUAAAUAUGAAUUUAGAUAAUGGAGAACGUAAAAUUUGGCUAGUUAGAUUACCAAGAUUUUUAAUUGAAAAAUGGAAAGAAUCAGAUAAUUAUUUCCAAGGACAAGAUUUAGGUAAAAUUAAAAUUAAACAAAAUAAUGUUAAUAAUAAAGCUCCAUAUCUGAAGAUGCAAUUGAAUGAAAAUGAUCCAAAUUUUGAAGAUAUCCCACAUAAUUAUGAAUUAAAUAUGACAAAACCUACAGUGGAGAAUCAAUAUAUUUUUAAUGAACAAAAUGUAAAUGGAUUGAAAAGACAAAAUGGGAAACAAGAUGAAGAUGAUAAUACUAAUCAUAAUGGUGGUGUUAAGAAAGAAGAUGGUACAGUAACAAAAAAUGAGCUAGAUAAUGAAGUUCAAUCUAAAAAACCAGAAUUGAAACCAAUUGAUAAAAGAGAAGCUGCAAUGUUAAGAAGACGUAGAAGAUUUAAUAGAUAUAAAAAUAGAGAUGGUACUGAUAAAGUGAUACCUUUUGUUAAGACAAUUCCAAAGAAAACUUCAUUAAUUGGUAAAAUUGCACAUGAAUGUCAAAUUACUCCAAUGGUUAAUGAUCCAAAUUAUUCCAAAAUUAUUCAAAGAAGAAAGAAUUUAAUCAAAGAAGAACCAAGACCAACUGUUACAUUAUUAAACGAAAUUCCUGGUGUUACUUUAAGUAAUGCAGGUUUAACAUUAAAGACAGAUACUUCAAAAUUCUUAAAAUCUUCAGCAUCAACUAAAAACAAGAAUGAAGGUAGAGCAAUUCGUAUGCCACAAAAAGACCUGUUUGAUUUAUUAUUCAAACUGUUUGAUGAAUAUGAUUAUUGGUCAUUAAAAGGUUUAAAAGAACGUACAAAACAACCAGAAGUUUAUUUAAAAGAAACUUUAGAACAAAUUGCUCAAUUAAUUAAAAAAGGUCCUUAUGCUUUAAAAUAUGCAUUAAAGAGAGAAUUUAAAGAAUUAAAAGAUCAAGAAAGAGCUGAAAGAUUAGGUGAAUUAAGUAAAGAAAAUGAAGAAGAUGAUGAUGAAGAAGAUAAUGAUGAAGAUGUUGAAAUGGAAGAUGUUGUUUGA